GUAGGUAAUUCUGAGCGGUAGCUUUAUCAGUCACAACACAACCACUACUACUACUACUACUACUACUCUGACCGACGUCCAGAAGAGAUAAACUAGUGCAGGUUUAGCUGUCUAUGUUCUACUACUCAUGUAUAAUUAGUUAAUAUAGUUGCCGUAGAGACCUGGCAUGGUAUAUGGUCGAUGUAAAGUACUGUGUAAUCUCGGUUCCGUCGUCGGUCGACUCUCUGAGCUAAUCGGCUAACUCGGAGCUCGUGCUAGUCCGAGCUAGCCCCACGCUGCUAACGUUAGCUAGCUAGCUUUCGCUACCUGCGCCAAUUAUGUUACAACAUACAUCCACCACGAUACGUCCAACACAGAGCCACGAAGGUCCUUCACUAAAUUAUAGUUGGUCCUCUAAAAGAUGCACGAAGGAAGAGGAUCAUCUGGAGAAAGUAGGACACUUUGCCUGCUAACCUUCAUUAUCGACCAGCUGGUUCAUACAGUAGCAGAAUGGAUGGUGCGUGUGUUGUGGUGGAAAAAGGAGAAAAGCCACAGAAGGAAAAGGGAAAAGGAAGAGUGGUCAGCAGGGUCGAGGGGAGAGACGAGGGAGGAAGUGGGCGUGCGGGAGCGUUAACUGCUGUCAUCGUUCGUGGCUGUAAAUGUCCUCUGCCAUGGCGAAGCGUGAGGCUGGGAGCACCAGCCCUGUGGUGCGCCAGAUAGACAAGCAGUUUCUGGUCUGCAGCAUCUGUCUGGAUCACUACCGCAACCCCAAGGUCCUGCCCUGUCUGCACACCUUCUGUGAAAGUUGUCUGCAGAACUACAUCCCCCCAGAGUCUCUGACGCUCUCGUGUCCAGUGUGUCGGCAGACGUCCAUCCUGCCAGAGAAAGGAGUUUGUGCUCUACAGAACAACUUCUUCAUCACUAAUCUCAUGGAGGUCCUUCAACGAGACCCGGAGUGCUCGCGGCCGGAGGCCUGCAGUGUCCUGGAGUCAAUCGGCGCUGCAGCUGCGGGGAAGCCCCUGUGCUGCCCAAACCACGAGGGAAAGGUGAUGGAGUUCUACUGCGAGUCGUGUGAGACUGCCAUGUGUUUGGACUGUACAGAGGGCGAGCACCGGGAGCAUGUGACUGUUCCUCUGCGGGACGUCGUGGAACAGCACAAAGCUGCGCUGAAGACACAGCUGGAUGCCAUACUUAGCAGGCUCCCUCAGCUAACAGCGUCCAUCGAGCUGGUGAGUGAAAUCUCCCGGCAGCUGAAUGAAAGGAAGAAUGAGGCGGUAGCGGAGAUUACCAGUACGUUUGAAGAGCUGGAGCGGGCGCUGCAUCAGCGCAAGACGGCCCUUAUCACAGACCUGGAGAACAUCUGCAGCACUAAGCAGAAGGUCCUGCAGGCCCAGCUUUCAUCUCUCCUCCAGGGGAAGGAACACAUCCAGAGUAGCUGCAGCUUUACUGAGCAGGCUCUCAGCCAUGGGAGUGCUACUGAGGUGCUGCUAGUUCAGAAGCAGAUGAGUGAGCGGGUAACAGCGCUGGCCAAACAUGACUUCCCAGAGAGACCACAUCAGAAUGCACACCUGGACUGUCAGGUGGAGACUGAAGGUCUGCGGCGCUCCAUCCAGAACCUGGGAGUUCUCCUCACCACAGCCGCUGUGGCUCACACCUCUGUCGCCACAGGAGAGGGCCUCCGCCAUGCAGCAACUGGGCAACACCACACAAUUACUGUGACGACAAAAGACAAAGAUGGGGAGCUGGUGCGAACAGGAAAUGCUCUUUUAAAAGCAGAGAUAACGUCUGCUGACGGGAGCCGCAUUGCAGAGGCGGAUAUAGCGGACAAUAAGAACGGGACAUACGAGGUGGGCUACACGUUACGCUCUGAGGGAGAGUACUCUUUCGCUCUGUUGCUGUACGGCCAGCCGAUACGUGGCAGCCCGUUCCGCCUGCGGGCGAUCAAGCCCUCGGAUGUGCCACAAUCUCCAGAUGACGUGAAGAGGAGGGUGAAGUCUCCCAGCGGAACGGGGGGCCACAUACGGCAGAAAGCGGUGCGUCGACCUUCCAGCAUGUACAGCACCACCAAGAAAAAGGAGAACCCCAUUGAGGAUGAGCUCAUCUACAGAGUGGGUUCCCGGGGCAGAGAAAAAGGGGAGUUCACAAAUCUGCAGGGAAUCUCAGCCUCUUGUAACGGCAGAGUGGUGGUGGCUGACAGCAACAACCAGUGCAUACAGGUAUUCUCCAAUGAUGGCCAGUUUAAGAUGCGCUUUGGGGUCAGAGGUCGGUCUCCGGGACAACUGCAGAGACCGACAGGCGUCACUGUUGAUAUGAACGGUGACAUUGUGGUGGCCGACUAUGACAAUCGAUGGGUCAGCAUCUUCUCCUCUGACGGCAAAUUUAAGAAUAAGAUUGGCGCAGGCCGGCUCAUGGGUCCUAAAGGUGUGGCUGUGGACAAGAAUGGACACAUCAUCACUGUGGACAACAAGGCAUGCUGUGUCUUCAUCUUUCAAUCUAAUGGGAAGUUGGUGACUAAGUUUGGAGGCAGGGGGACGUCUGACAGACAGUUUGCAGAAAAACUUGGCCCAAACUUUAAUAAAUCUGGCUCAGUGUUCAGUCCGCACUUUGUUGCAGUGAACAACAAGAAUGAAAUUAUUGUGACCGAUUUUCACAAUCACUCUGUAAAGGUGUACAAUGCAGAUGGAGAGUUCUUGUUCAAAUUUGGCUCUCAUGGUGAAGGCAAUGGCCAGUUCAAUGCUCCCACUGGUGUGGCCGUAGACGCCAACGGAAACAUCAUUGUAGCUGACUGGGGAAACAGCAGAAUACAGGUGUUUGACAGCACAGGCUCCUUCUUAUCUUACAUCAACACCUCAGCAGACCCGCUGUACGGCCCCCAGGGCCUCGCCCUCACCUCAGAUGGACAUGUGGCUGUUGCCGACUCUGGAAACCACUGCUUUAAGGUUUACAGAUAUCUGCAGUAGGCUGAGGAAAGACAUCGCCGACGCAAACCCCGCUUAGACAAAUGAACGUCACGUACUGCUUGUGGACAUAGAGCUGCAACGUGCCUGCACACUUUACAGUGGUUCCACAAAUGAACUUCAUUUUGAUUUUGUCUGUACAUAUUUUAGAAAAUCUAAUAUUCAGAGCUUCAGACAAAGAAAUCUGAGAAAAAAUGUUUACAUGAAAAACUCCAAAUUUAGUGUAAUUAAAAUGUGUUUUAAAGACAAUAAACUACUUAUCCCAAAAACGAUUGCAAGAAGUGACUCUGAGGAAAAAAUAAAUCUUAAGAGACUAUCCUGGUGAAAUAAAGGUUAAGAAAGAAAUUUUAUUUCACAAGCAUCCAAGGAAUAAAACAUCCCGUAAUUAAAUAUUUCCCUAUUUGAUCACUCAUGGUCUGUCUACCAGAAGUGUUUUUAACCAAAACCAAAUUAAUUUCUGGAACAAGGCAUUGCAGCUGUAUUUCUCACCAGUAGAUAGCCCGCCAGUCUGAAGUUGGUGAUUCACUGCAAUCUUUUGGGGCAAUGCAGAUCGGCUACACUCCCAGCAACCAGCAAGCAAAGCGAGACACGGACGCAGAAGUGUACUACCUGUUUCCUGAUGAUGCUUUGUGAUUGAAAUAACAAUGCUCAGGCCUUUCCUUGAACACCGUUGCAUGUUGGUGUGCUCCAAAAAAAAUGACCCUGUCAUCACUGCCUUCAAUUUCACAUCAGUAAACACAACACAUGCAGACAGGAAUGUGUUGUUUUAAAAAGGAAUUGUUUCUUAUUCUCAUUUUGCACCUCAUCACUCUGACAAGAUCCCUGCACAUGGAUGUAGAAAUGGAUAUAGAUUUUUGUUUUCUUUUAAGACAUAAGAUGAGUUGACCUAUAUGCACAUUUUUUUUAUUUUGGUACCCAAAGACAAGCACAACAGUUAAUAGAAAAAGGUUUUUGAACACAUCUAGCUAAUCGUUUUCUUCUAUUAACCAAAACAAACUUAUUAUAUCUGACCCCACUAGUUCUUGCACUUUUGUGUAUUCAUAUCUACAACCUAAUGUAGUUGUACAUACUGUGCAUAUUAAGGUGUACAUGGAUUUGAUGUCCAUGUUAUUUCACUAUAUAGCCUGCUUAUUACAGCACUUACUGAAUCAACACUGGAGCAUAUACUAAUACAGUAGAAGGUCAUGCCAAGUAGUAGCCAACUGAAUGACUUGCAAACAUCAAUGGAACAAAGUUGUAUACACAUUAUUUGCGUUUUUUUUUUUUUUCCAAAGGACUUAAUUUAUUUUUUCUUUUCUUUUCUACAUAAUUUGUUCUACAAAUUAUUUUUCUAAUUGGUGCAUUUGAACUGUCUCCUCUUUGCCAAACAUCUUCGUAUAUAGGCCUUGUAACUACUUGUAGCACUGAAAGCCGUUCUCUCGUUUGCCUCUUCCCAGAGCUCACAUCCAGUUAAACAGUAACUUUUCCUUCUGCCAAAACGUAUCGUUGUAAGUUGUUGUUGAACAUUGCACAAAAUACAAAUAUUAUAAGAGUUAUAUAGUUUGCAAGAGUAAUAUAUUCUUCUGUGUAUAGCCUUUUAACAUAAUCACAAAGUUUACUGUAUAUUACAAUCGCAUUCUUGUUGUAGCUGACAAGCACCUUUAUCAUGGGUUUUUCCAGUAUUUGUUUUUAUUUGCUCAGUGUUUUUGAAGGUUUUCUGUCGCUCCUUGAGAACACAACACCAGCUGAAACCAGAAAGUUUUUCACCUGUAUUUUAUGAAUAAACUGUCUGUGCCCGAUAAUUGAUCUGUAAUCCAUUCCGUCUUCCCAAUUUAAUAGAAAACUCUCUAUAAUGACAGAUUUAGUUGACUUUCCUCCUCCAUAAAUCAGACCCCUGUGUUCCUAUGGUUUUAUUUUGACGUCUGUGUCUCACCUGUAACUGUCACUGACCCACUCGUCUGUGUGAAAUAAAGGAAGCACAUAUAAAUUAAAUGGUAUAUCAACCAUCUUGUGUAUCCUACGGUGUAUACUACAAGAGGCCGGUCUUACAAGAAGUAAUCACUACAUUUAUGUAAUCAUGGCAAAGGUAUGAUUGUAAAUAUUAAAGAAUUACACUAAGAA